AUGUUUUCAUCCACUCGGACAAAGGAGAAUGGGGACCCUACAUCCAAAAGAAUGAAGACUCGACAGAAUAAAGACUCCGUAAGUGCCCAGGAGAUUGCGGGGUAGAGAGGGGGAAGGACUCAGGGUCUCUCCAGUAUUGUUGCAAAGCCAUCAUAGCCAGAAGCCUUACCCUCCAUGAAUUUGUCUCAGCUCCUUUUAAAGCCAUCCAAGUUGUUUGGGGCAAUGAGGUAGAAUAAACUUAGAGGGGGGUCUGCAGGGCAGACUUUGAGGACAUUGGAAAAGCUUAAGGGUUCAUGUACAUAAAUAGCAGGGGAGCUGGUCACUUGUGGACCACCUACACCUGGGUGAUGGAUAAUUUUUGAGGCCCACUUUGCCUGGGAGGGUGCGGUUUGGAGGGAUAAAAGAAGCAAAAAAAGGGGGGAUUUGGGUGUUAAAUUGUUUCAGUUGAUUAAUUGUCUGCCUUUUAAUUUAUAAAUUAAGUGACUCAAUUCUAAAUAAAGCCAUGUCUAACAAAAAAAAAACCACCCUCAAGAUAGGUGCGUUUUCAAUAUAUGAAAAGUAAAGCUGGAUUAUUAACCAAUCAAUAAACUAAAGUUAACUAAUCACUCUUGGGAGGAAAGGUCAUCCUAAAGAGUGUUCUUUUUAAUCCCCCAUUACAAUCCCCUAUUACAAACGUCCUUCAGUGAAAUAACUGUGUUCCCCAAACUGUCAGCCUCUGCUGAUUAAGAUUGAGGUCCACCAAAUAAUGAAUGGAAGCUUUAGUGCAGAGACCUUCAAAUGUCUCACCUUGAUAACUUGCCUGCUUUAGAAUUCUCGGGAGAAAAUAUUCUAAGAUGUUGCUGGACUCGUACUCCCAUCAAUCCCAGACGACUUGGCCAUUGGUCAGAGAUGUUGGGAGCUGUGAUCCAGCAUGAUCUGGGGAGCACCUCAUUGGCUACUCCUGUUCUAGGGUGUACAUUCAGUUCACACAGGGUCUGGUCAGGUUCGUGGGGCCUCAUGAAUCUUCACUUACGAUGCACCUGGGUCAUGUACAACAGCCCCUUGCAGAAGGAAUAUAAUAGUAAUAAUAAUAAUAAUAAUAAUAAUAAUAAUAAUAAUAAUAAUUUAUUUAUUUAUUUAUACCCCGCCCAUCUGGCUGGGCUUCCCCAGCCACUCUGGGCAGCUUCCAAAAAUUAUUUAGGGCUUUAAAGGUCAGCACCAACACUUUGAAUUGUGCUCGGAAAUGUACUGGGAGCCAAUGUAGGUCUUUCAAGACUGGUGUUAUGUGGUCUCGGCGGCCGCUCCCAGUCACCAGUCUGGCUGCUGCAUUCUGGAUUAGUUGUAGUUUCGGGGUCACCUUCAAAGGUAGCCCCACGUAGAGCGCAUUGCAGUAGUCCAAGCGGGAGAUAACCAGAGCAUGCACCACUCUGGCAAGGCAGUCUGCAGGCAGAUAGGGUCUCAGCCUGCGUACCAGGUGGAGCUGGUAAACAGCUGCCCUGGAUACAGAAUUGACCUGUGCCUCCAUGGACAGCUGUGAGUCCAAAAUGACUCCCAGGCUGCGCACCUGGUCCUUCAGGGGCACAGUUACCCCAUUCAGGACCAGGGAGUCCUCCACACCAGCCUGCCCCCUGUCCCCAAAAAACAGCACUUCUGUCUUGUCAGGAUUCAAUCUCAAUCUGUUAGCCGCCAUCCAUCCUCCAACCACCUCCAGACACUCACACAGGACCUUCACCGCCUUCACUGGUUCUGAUUUGAAAGGAUGAGCAGCAGUAAUGGGCAGAGUGCCUUUCAGGAAAGUUUGUGCACCAUUGUUGAAGUCCACAACGAGGCAUCCUUGACAAGCCUCCAAGGAACCUCAGAGUUUCCUGAAACACAGUGUGAAAACUGCAGAUUUAUUAAUGGAUAAGUAAGAUAAUGGACUAGGCAGAACUGGCAAAAUUAACAGCAAAAUGAAGAGAAGCUAAUGAUGAGUGUUUUAUGGAAGAAUGGAUGGCUUUUUCGGGAUACUUAAGGAAAUAUUAUAGCAUGAUGGAACUCAUGAGCAGGAUUUGAGCUAUGAACCAACGGAUGUAAUUAGAUUAUAAUAAUUGUGGUUAUGAUUUAAUAGAUGGAAGAUAGGGUGCACCAGAAGGGGAGGAACAGCAACUCCAUGGAAAACAAGGUGGGAAGUCGACAAAAAAAGCAAAAAGACGAAAUUGUGCUUUGCUUGUAUAUGUUAAAAAUGUUGAAACUUAAUAAAAUAUAAUCCGGGGGGGGGGGGGAACCUAUCACUUUGCUAGUUCCUUGCAUCAAAGCGAUGGUGCGAUUCAACCCUGAGAAACACUUGUCAGAACAGGGUGGGAUUGGCCCCAGUUUGGGAUAAGCAGGAGACACUUUAACAGGACCGUUGAAAGAAGCUUCUCGUCUCUCCGUUAAUUUUCUCUGCAGAUGUCGAUGCGGAGUGGUAGGAAGAAGGAGACUCCAGGGCCCCGAGAGGAGCUCAGGACACGGGGCCGAGCCUCUCCAGGUGGCGUCAGCACUUCCAGCAGUGAUGGCAAGGCUGAGAAAUCCCGGCAAACUUCCAAGGUAGGUCAUCAUAGCUUCUGUGUCAAGCUACACUUUGGCAGCUCAAGAACUGGAAGUGACAGUAACACACUUAUUUGAGUUGCACCAGAUAGUCCCCAGUUUUGGUUUUUAUGUGCAGUAGAAGCAAGAUGUUCUACCCAAAUGCACCAAUGGGAAAUGCAAGUCUGUGGAAUUCUUCACAUCCAUGGCACACGGUACCUGAGACCAGUAAGAUGGCAUCUCUGGAACUUUUCUGCUGCACCAUCAUGACCCUAUCAAGAGUCAGGAAAAUUAGAACAAGCAAUGAUGAAUGUUUACCUUUUAUUUAAUUCACCUUUGUUGUGAUUUUGCAGGGGUUUGUGCGGCCUUGUUAAUAUGAUUUUGUUUCCUUAACCUUUUUGAAAGUCUCAAUGAAAAAUUGCGUUAAAAAAAAAAAGCUGUUUUAGAAAUUUCUCCAAAAAACCACUUAGAUUGUUAAAAUAGUUGCUGUUCAAAAAUCCUUUUGAGUGAAGUUGUUUUACCCAGCAACUGAUUCUUUAGCACCUCUAUCUAUCUAUCUAUCUAUCUAUCUAUCUAUCUCUAUCUAUCUAUCUAUCUAUCUAUCUAUCUAUCUAUCAUCUAUCUAUCUAUCUAUCUAUCUAUCUAUCUAUCUAUCUAUCUUUCUAACUAUCUGUCCAUCCAUCUAUCUGUCUGUCUGUCUGUCUGUCUUUCUUUCUAUCUAUCUAUCCAUCCAUCCAUCUCUCUAUCUAUCUAUCUAUCUAUCUAUCUAUCUAUCUUUCUAUCUAUCUAUCCAUCCAUCCAUCUAUCUAUCUAUCUAUCUAUCUAUCUAUCUGUCUGUCUGUCUGUCUGUUGCUUCUUCCUCCUGGAUGGAAAAGCCUCACAGUGCUAUUCUCAGUGUCAGCACUGUGUCCAAGUGAGAGCAAUACAAAUUAACAACUGAACAACAAUUGCUCCUGUGAGCAAAUGCUUUGCAGCACUCAGUUAUGCAUCCCAGAGUGCUUCCUCUUUGGAGCAAUUAUUGUCCACUUGUUAAUUUGCAUUAUCUUCACUCUCACAAACAUGGAUAGCUCAGUCGGUCCGAGUGUGGUCUGAUAACGCCAAGGCUGCAGGUCCGAUCCCCAUAUGGGGCAGCUGCACAUUCCUGCAUUGCAGAGGGUUGGACUAGAUGAUCCUCAGGGUCCCUUCCGACUCUACAAUUCUUUGUAAUCACUUCUCCUGUGUUCUGUCAUCAAGUAACAAAAUAUGAUCACCUGCAAAGCCUCACAAUGCCUUCCCGUUCUCGUCCCGAACUUUGAACGAUGGGAUCAUUCCUUGGAUUAGUACAGGAAGCAGUUUCAGCUAGUCUAGCAUGCACAUCAAGUUACAUUAUAUUUUCCACAGUUAAUAGAAGGCAAAAAACCAAACAAACGUACAUUGCAAAACUUGGGGAAGAAAUUUCUAACCGGGCUUCUCUCUGCCUUGCAGAAGGGUCGGGUGGAGGAGUCCAUGGCCCCUAAAGGAAGCAAGCAAAGCCGCCCAGAGGAGAUAUCGGAGAGCGAAGGAGAGGACACCAAUGCCCCAAAGAAAACUAAAACCGAGGUGGGGCUUCCCUGGCCACAGGCCUCCUCUCCCUGCGUGCCCCAAACACCUCCUGAGGUGUCUUGUCCCAGGUCCUUCUAAGGCUGUUCCUGCCUUUCCUGUGUUCACCUAUUUCCUGUGCUCACCUGUGCUAGGUCCAGCUACCUGGCUGAUGUGCUUCCAUACCUGAGACCUCACCAAGCCACAAUGGCUGCAGGUUCUUCUUGUGUGAGCAAGGCAUACCACCCUUGGAGAGCCCAAAUUUGCUGUGCACCCAAAUUCUCCCUCUAGGACCCUCCCCCUUGUGAGACCCUCUGCUCAACCUGUGACUCAUCUUUUCACUCCAGGAGCUGCCGAGGCCUCAGUCUCCCUCGGACGUUGACAGCCUCGACGGCCACAGCUUCAACGAUGAGACAAGCAGCGACCCUCGCGACAUCGACCAGGACAACCGGAGCACCUCGCCCAGCGUCUACAGCCCCGGCAGCGUGGAGAACGACUCCGACUCCUCCUCAGUGCUGUCCCAGGGGCCGGCCCGCUCCUACCACCACCCCCCACUCUUCCCCCAGAGCCCCUCUCCUGCCCCCCUGGCAGAGGGCCUAGCUCGCCCACCAGAGCCAAACUUUGGCCUGGCAGGGGACGUCCAUCCUCCUGGCCCCGCCGGCAGUUACCAGCCGCAACUUGAGGCCCAGGCCUCAAGGAUUUUCCAGGCGCAAGCCCCGCCACCUCCCACUCUGUCUGCCAAUUCCUCUUCUUCCUCGUCCUCACCUUCCUCCUCUACCUCCUCCUCCUCCUGCACGACCCACGUCCCCCUCUACUCUGGCGCCAACGUGGUCCAGAUGGGGCCCAAAGCAGUUGGCACAGGGCCAGGCCUCCCCACGCCAGGCGGGCGAGAGCAAGCCCUUGGCACCAAGCACAACCCGCCCCCGACAACCCCCAUUUCCUUGGCCCCGGUGGCGGGGGGCCUGCCCCCUCAGAAAACCCCUCCGAACAACUCCCCCUCGGUGCUCCCUUCCUCCGCGGCCGCUUUCCCCCACGUCCUUGCCAACCUGCCUCCGCCGCCCGCUCUGAGGCCCCUCAACAAUAUGUCGGCCGCCUCCAGCUCCCCGGGGGUGGCGGGGCAAGCGCUGGGCGGGCACCUCCCGCCCCCCCACGGGAUGGGCCAAGACAAGUCGCCCGUCCCUUCCCGCUACCCCUACGCCCCCGCUCCGCCCCCGCCCAGCUCUUCGGCCGCCCAGUACGCUCUGCCGCCCCCUUCCCAGGCCCUCCCCAGCUACAGCUCCUCCUACGGCCACUCUUUCCCCCAGCCCAGCAGCCUCUCCGUCGCCAGCCAGCCACCCAAGUACACCCAGCCCUCCAUGCCCUCCCAGCCAGUGUGGAGCCAAGGGCCGCCGCCCUAUAGCCGCCCCCUGGGCAACGUCGGCUCACACCCUCCAGCCGCCUUCCCGGGUCAGGCUGCCCUGCACCAGCAACAGCACCAGCAUCACAGCCACGGCAGUGGUGCGGGUGGCCCGGCAGCGGCUGCAGCAGCCCCCCAGGCCCCCGGAGGGUAUCCCCACCCAUUGGAGCCAGGCCCGCACCACCCGUCCCAUGCCGCCUAUGGCCUCCGCCUCUACCCACCCCACGGCCAUGCCACGUACAGCCAGGCCCCCUCUGCGGCUUCCUCUUCCGCCGCCUCGUCCUCUGCCUCUUCUUCUUCUUCUUCCACCACCUCCUCUUCUUCCUCCUCCUCUGCACCCCAGGGAACGUACCCGGGAGUCUGCAGCCACCCCCAGGGGCAAAACACCACGGCCUACUCAUUCCCACCGCCACCACCGCCUUCGCCUGCCCACGGAGCCGGACCACCGGUCACCUCUGCCUCCGCCACCCUCUCCACCGUCAUCACCACCAUGGCCUCCGCCUCAGCAGCACCCUACAAGACAGCGUCGCCCCCUGCGGGGCCCCCCUCGGUAACCCCCUAUGGGAAGCGGACAGCCUCUCCGUCCCCCACCUUCCAGCCCCCGGCCCCCUACAAGCCGGGCUCCCCUCCUUCCUCCUCCUCCUCCUCUUCCUCAGCGUCCUCAUUCCGUGCUGCCACCCCACCGGGGUACAGGCUGGCCUCUUCCCCGGCAGGCGGGGGCUACAAGGCCCCCUCGCCGGCCCCCGUGGCCCCCCCAGCUGCGGGGGGUAUGCCGGCCCCUCCCCCUCCCUUGCCCCCGCUGCCCCUCAGCGCAGCGCAGAUCAAGCAAGAGCCUUCCGAGGAAUAUGAGCCCCCGGAGAGUCCGAUGCCCCCCGUCCGGAGCCCCUCGCCAGCCCCCAAGGUGGUGGACGUGGCAAGCCAUGCCAGCCAGUCUGCAAGGUGAGGAAGGAAAGGGAGCCAGGGACAGGGUGGAAGGGAGAGGAAUGGGGGAGAGAUGGGGUAAGGAUGAGCGGGAAGGGUUCAGAAAUCUCAGAGCACAUAGCGUGGUACCUCUGGAUGUGAACGGGAUCCGUUCCGGAGCCCCGUUCACAUCCUGAGUAGAACGCAACCCGCAUCUGCGUGUGUGUCACAAUUUGUUGCUUCUGCGCAUGCGCGUACCGUCAUUUUGAGCGUCUGCGCAUGCGCGAGUGGCGAAACCUGGAAGUAAUGCUCAAACUGAAGCAUAUUUAACCCGAGGUAUGACUGUAAUAAAAGAAGUUCUGCCAUUGGGCCUGCACUGUGUGUGAACCGCCAAUCCAAGCACAGCACCUUAGUCACCUUCUGGUGGUUUUGCUCUCAAUGGCCAAAGUGGUCCCCUGCCUUCUUCUUACAAAGCAACUGGAUAGAAUAAUGCCUACAUGUUUUCACUUUAAGUAGCAUAGGACUAGACCCUUCCUUUUGGUUUCAGUGAAAUACAGUCGUACCUUGGAUCCCAAACGCCUUGGUACUCGGACGUUUUGGCUCCCUAACGCCGCAAAGCUAGAAGUGACUGUUCUGGUUUGUGAACAUUCUUUGGAACCCGAAUGUCCGACAGGGCUCCCAUGGCUUUUGGUUGGCUGCAGGAACUUCCUGCAGCCAAUCAGAAGCCACAUUUUGGUUUCUGAAUGUUUUGGAAGUCAAACGGACUUCUGGAACGGAUUCCGUUUGACUUCCGAGGUCGAACGUGUAUUAAAAACCUGGAAAUGUGCCCCAGAGACUUCCCUGUGCCUCGGGGCUGUAGGAUGCGCCUUGGAAAAUCUCAGAAGCCAGAAUUGGACUUUUUGUGGUUCAAGUGGGUGGCAGUUUUCACUAGUGCCCCACAACAUUCCUUGCUUUCCUCAUCCCCCACCAACACUAGUGGAAACAGGAUAAAGUAUGCAACAACAAAAGAGAGAGAGAGAAUUCUGCCUAUUGGCUUCAAUGACCUAAUUCACACAGAUUGGAGAAAUCAUAUAUAUUUUUGCUUGAGAAAUUAGGGAGCAGGAUCCAUGAGGGGCAUAGUCUGGGGAGGCAGAAUGGCAUAGGGAAGAAUCCCAAGAGGCUAGCUAGAGAGGCAUUUCCCCCCCCUUCCUGGGUUUUGGAGGAUUCAGAUACAGUUGGACCUUGGUUUUCGAACAGCUUAGUUCUCGAACGUUUCGUCUCCCGAACGCCGCAAACCUGGAAGUGACUGUUCUAGUUUGCGAACUAUUUUUGGAAGCCAAACAUCCGACGGGGCUUCCGCGGCUUCCAAUUGGCUGCAGGAUCUUCCUGCAGCCAAUCGGAAGCCGUGAUUUGGAUUCCGUUCGGCUUCCAAGGUAUGGCUGUAUAUACAUGCUAUUUUCCUUUGAAGGCAUAUUUCUCAGUUGUCCUCACCACUUUUGGCCUUCCCUCCUUCUCCGUUUUAUUUGGGCGUUGAUGCCUUCUUCCUUCUUCCCUUCCACAGGUUCAAUAAACACCUGGAUCGCGGCUUCAACUCCUGCUCACGGACCGAUCUCUACUUUGUACCACUGGACGGCUCCAAGCUGGCUAAGAAGCGGGCAGAUCUUGUGGAGAAGGUGCGCAGGGAGGCUGAGCAGAAGGCCCGGGAGGAGAAGGAGCGUGAAAGGGAGCGAGAGCGAGAGAAGGAGAGGGAGAGGGAGAAAGAACGGGAGCUGGAAAGAAGUGUGGUAAGUACUGGUGCUGGAGCCCCCGUUUCCCAGUUCAAAGGGUAGGGAACUGCCAGGUUUCCACCAGUGAUGAGGAGAGCCAAUGUUGGACAGAACAAUGGUGUAGUCAACAUGGUGGUCUGGUGCCAAACCUGACGAAUGAAUGGCCUGACUUGGGACAAGGCCUUUUCAGUUAUGCCUGUAACUGUCAUGGACCGGUUGGACGCUGAGGAAUGGUGGGAGAAAUCAGCUGGGAACCCCCCAAGCAGAGAAGGCUCAGAGUCCGGAGAUUGGUGGUGGGACAAUGAUGAGUGGUCAGAGGAAGAAGGUGGGGAAGAGGAGGUAGAAGCUGAAGUGGUCACAGGGCUUAGUGAGCGGGGAGAGUCUGUGGCAGAGAGAAGUCCAGAAUAAGAGGCAGAAGCUGAAGCAGGAGAGGAGAGAGGUCAAGAGGCAGAGAUGAGUCCAGCUGGUGAAGAGUCACGGGUGUCUCUCCCUCCUGCUACAACAAGCGCUCCCAGAACCAGAAGAGGCAUGAAAAGGGCAGAGGAGAGGUUGACUUCACGCAGGCGCAGUAUCCGAUUGCUUGUGGGGGGGAGACCCAGAGAGGAGGGGACUUAGGCAGUUGUGAGGAGGCAGGGACCUUCAAUCUCAGCAAAUGCUUCAUGGGGGCAAGCCCUACUGGAGACGAGUUGAUGUGCUCAUUAGGCCUGACACUCGUGUCAAUCAUGUUUUUGCCAAUAAAGAGGUAAUUCUCAACUUGCACAGUGUGAUUUACUUCUGGCUCACUUCUGACUAACACAGGACCCCUUGCUGCUAAUGAAAAGGAAUGUAGCUCAUUGAGGAGUGUUGUGUACAGGUGUAUUUUGAUGCAUUGAAUAGAAUGAAAGUUUAUGAGUCAUGGCAGAGGGGAGAGCACGUGUACAAAUUCAACACUUUGUUUUGUUAAUGUCGUUAAUAUUAUUUUAUAGCUAUGAAUGUUGUACUUCAAUGUUUAUCUUAUUUUUAGUUGUUUUGUUAAUAGUGUUACAUAGAUGGUAAUUGUUUGAUUUGGGAUUGUUUUACUGAUGAUUUGUUAAGUACAGUGGUACCUCGGGAUAAGAACAUAAUUAGUUCUUGAGGUCCGUUCUUAACCUGAAACUGUUCUUAACCUGAAGCACCACUUUAGAUAAUGGGGCCUCCUGCUGCUGCCGCGCCACCAGAGCACGAUUUCUGUUCUCAUCCUGAAGCAAAGUUCUUAACCCGAGGUACUAUUUCUGGGUUAGCGGAGUCUAUAACCUGAAGCGUAUGUAACCUGAAGUGUAUGUAACCCGAGGUACCACUGUAUUCCAUACGAUUCAUGCUGUACAGUGGUACCUCGGGUUACAUACACUUCAGGUUACAUACGCUUCAGGUUACAGACUCCGCUAACCCAGAAAUAGUACCUCGGGUUAAGAACAUUGCUUCAGGAUGAGAACAGAAAUCGCGCAGUGGUGGUGCGGCGGCAGCGAGAGGUGGUUAUCUAAAGUGGUGCUUCAGAUUAAGAACAGUUUCAGGUUAAGAACGGACCUCUGGAACGAAUUAAGUUCUUAACCCGAGGUACCACUGUAUUUGUGAUGUUCCAUUAUGUUAUUUUUAUCUGUUGUUUGUAAGCCGCUUUGGGGUUUAUUUGAAUCAAAAGCUGCAUAGAAACAGAAUCGAUCAAUCAAUCGAACACGCCUUGGGAUUUCUUUGACUAAAAAGUGGCAUAGAAACAUAAUCAAUCGAACACGCCUCUCUCUGGUCUUUUGCAGAAGGUGGCGCAAGAAGGCCGCGCAGUGGAGUGCGCCUCCCUGGGGCCCGUCCCUCACCGCCCGUCGUUUGAGCAAGGCAGCGCCGUUGCCACUGUCCCCCCCUACCUGGGCCCCGACACGCCGGCGCUCCGCACCCUCAGCGAGUACGCGCGGCCCCACGUCAUGUCCCCCAGCAACCGCAACCACCCCUUCUACGUCCCGCUGGGCGCGGUGGACCCCGGACUGCUGGGCUACAACGUGCCGGCCAUCUACAGCAGCGACCCGGCCACCCGGGAGAGGGAGCUGAGAGAGCGGGAGGCCCGCGAGCGAGACCUCCGGGACCGCGACCUGCGCGAACGCCUCAAGCCCGGCUUCGAGGUGAAGCCCGCCGAGUUGGAGCAGCUGCACGCCGUGCCCAGCGCCACCAUGGAUCCUUUCCCGCGGCAUGGGGGGCUGGCUCUGCAGGCCGGCCCGGGCCUGCAUCCCGCUUUCCCUUUCCACCCGGGGCUGGGACACCUGGAGAGGGAGCGGCUAGCGCUGGCGGCCGGCCCUGCCCUGCGGCCCGACAUGUCCUAUGCCGAGCGACUGGCGGCUGAGCGGCAGCAUGCUGAAAGGGUGGCCGCCCUGAGCAACGACCCCUUGGCCCGGCUGCAGAUGCUCAACGUGACCCCCCAUCACCACCAGCACUCCCACAUCCACUCCCAUCUCCAUCUCCACCAGCAGGACGCCAUCCACGCAGGUGAGGAGCGGGGCCUCUCUCUCCAACUUGCUUUUAAGUAUGGUCCUUAAUCAUAAUAAUUACAUUAUGUCUAGGCUAUGCAUCUGACUGGGUUGCCCCAGCCACUCUGGGUGGCUCCCGACAAAAUAUUAAAUGAAAUAUUAAACAUUGAAUAAACAUUGAAUAAACAAAAUAUUGAAAGCACAGGCCCCUAGCGAUAUCAAGGACCUUCACAGUGGUAUAGCAGCAGCAAUAACAACAACAACAUGGAUGAUGAUUUGGGGCACAUUUCCAGGUUUUUCAUAUUUCAUUGAAACAAAAAAGGAAGUCUCUAGUCCCAUGCUACUUAAAGUGAAAAUUGUUGUUGUUGUUGUUUAGUCGUUUAGUUGUGUCCGACUCUUCGUGACCCCCUGGACCAGAGCAGGCCAGGCCCUCCUGUCUUCCACUGCCUCCCGCAGUUUGGUCAAACUCAUGCUGGUAGCUUCGAGAACACUGUCCAACCAUCUCAUCCUCUGUCGUCCCCUUCUCCUUGUGCCCUCCAUCUUUCCCAACAUCAGGGUCUUUUCCAGGGAGUCUUCUCUUCUCAUGAGGUGGCCAAAGUCUUGGAGCCUCAGCUUCAGGAUCUGUCCUUCCAGUGAGCACUCAGGGCUGAUUUCCUUAAGAAUGGAGAGAACUGAUCUUCUUGCAGUCCAUGGGACUCUCAAGAGUCUCCUUCAGCACCAUAAUUCAAAUAUGUAGACAUUAUUAUUUCUAGUUGCUUUGUAAGACAAUUUGGGCGGCUCCCAACAAAUAAAAGCAUAAUAAAACAUCAAACAUUAAAAACUUUCCUGAACAGGGUUGCCUUCAGAUGUCUUCUGAAAGUCAAGUAGUUGUUUAUCUGUUUGAUAUCUGAAGGGAGGGCACUCCACAGGGAGGGUGCCACUUCUGAGAAGGCCCUCUGCCUGGUUCCCCAGAACUUCACUUAUUGCAGUUAGUUCGAGCCCCACGUUGGGCAAAAUAUUCCUGCAUUGUAGGGGGUGAGCCUAGGUGACCAUUUGGGUCUCUUCCAGCUCAUGAUACAGUGACGGGCCUCUGUUCUGGCCGUGCCAUUUCAGCCGGCGGGGCAUGGAAUUCUUACAUGAAUGAACGCUGUUGCAUACAAGAUAAUCUCCUGCACAUGGGAAACUGGUGUGUGUCACAUGGGACUAGAAUCAUUCUACCUGAUGUAUCUUCUGCGCGAUGGGGAUUUUUGCGCGCAGAGCAGCAGUCAGUUGUGAGAACCCCCACCUUCUGUCUGAAAGGUACAACCCGAACAUGGGUUUGGCGCCUCACCUAGAAGUUAAGCUUCAAGGAACUGUGCUGUCCUUUAUAGCCUGGAAGUCCGAUUAAUUAAUUAAUAGUCUGUGUAUUUUCAGCCUGUUACAGGCUUUGACUGCAAGUUGAAAGACGAACUCUUGAGACUCUGCUUCCCUCUUUCUUAUCUGUGGACUUUUUCUGCAAUCCAAAUUUUGCAGAGAAAUGCUGGGUUCUGCCACUUGAAUACUGUUAUUCAAAUCAAGCAAACGUCCACCCAAAAUUGUUGCUUAUUUUGCAAAUUUCAUUCUGCUUUUGCUGGUUAGGGAGGGAAAAUGAACUCUGAAGUACUAAAGUCUCUGGACAUAACCUCUGGACAUUUUAUUCAGUCACUCUUUGGGGGCUCUUUGUAUUCCUAUCUUUGCAUGCGUAAAAGCUAGAACCUUGUUGAGAUUCUCAGGGAUCUGGUUACAUGAAUCAGGCCCCUUCAUGAGAGGAAGAGGAGUGGUAUGAAUGUUAAUGUGAGCAAUGAUGUCCAGCACCUCGUAUCACCUCAGCUGCAAAUUCUCUCUGUAGCUGUAGAUAUUAUAUUGUGAACUGCCCCGAGAUCUAUGGGAUGAAGGACGGUAAACAAAUUUAAUAAAUAAUAAUAAUAAGAAGAAGAAUAAUAGCUGUUUUUCUCAGUGGAUCCAAUACCCAUCUGCAGUGUGUGGGAAAUACCUGUCUACCUUACAAGGGUGUUCAAAGAUUACUGAAAAAAUGGCACAUAAAUGCUAACAUACAAUUUAGCCUGAAUGCAAAAAAAAAUCAGGAACAAAGUGUAUUUGAAUUUACAGUCGUAUCUCGGAAGUCGAACGCCUUGUGACUCGAACGUUUAGGCUCUCAAACGCCGCAAACCCGGAAGUGAGUGUUCCGGUUUGCAAACGUUUUUGGGAACCCAAACGUCCAAUGUGGCUUUUGCAGCUUCCGAUUGGCCUCAGGAACUUCCUGCAGCCAUUCGGAAGCCGCACCUUGGUUUCUGAACGUUUUGGAAGUCGAAAGGACUUCCGGAACGGAUUCCGUUCGACUUCCAAGGUAGGACUGUAUUACAUAUUACACAGAGCCUUUUUUUUCUGCUGUUGCUCUCUCUAUCCCAUGUCACAAGCUAACUGUUUAAAAUCUCCAUUUCCUCAGCUUCCGCCUCCGUUCACCCUCUUAUCGAUCCACUGGCUUCUGGGUCACAUCUCACCCGGAUACCCUACCCAGCUGGUACCAUCCCUAAUCCGCUCCUUCCUCACCCACUGCAUGAAAAUGAGGUGCUGCGCCACCAGCUUUUUGGUAAGAUCUCUGCCAGGGAUGGGGGGCAGCAGCAUAGAGGCAAAGGCAGCGGCAAGAUUUGGGGGCAGGGAAGAGAACUGACAGAACAAAAAGCGGGAGUGUGAGAAAAUGGAUUGAGUGUGGCAGAGAGCAUAGGUGCAUGCGUGGAACUGCAAAACAACUGUGAAUCAAAAGCGAGGAUCUGAUUAGGGAGCAAGGGAAGAGCUCUUGGAUAGUAGGAUAAUAGAAUCUGGGGGUCUGGUCUUCGCAGAAAUAUUAUGUGCUCCUUCACACCUUCUUCUGCUGUGGGUCCUUCUCUUAUCCUUUUAUUUAUGGAAAUAAGACAGGGAAGUGUGCAGGCAGCAUUUUCUCUCUCUAACCAAUGGCUUAGGUAAAGUGACCCCUGACCAUUAGGUCCAGUCGUGGCCGACUCUGGGGUUGCGACACUCAUCUCGCUUUAUUGGCUGAGGGAGCCGGCGUACAGCUUCUGGGUCAUGUGGCCAGCAUGACUAAGCCGCUUCUGGCAAACCAGAACAGUGCAUGGAAACGCCGUUUACCUUCCCGCUGGAGCAGUACCUAUUUAUCUACUUGCAGUUUGACGUGCUUUCGAACUGCUAGGUUGGAGCAGGGUCUGAGCAACGGGAGCUCACCCCGUCGUGGGAAUUCAAACCGCCGACCUUCUGAUCGGCAAUUUCUAGGCUCUGUGGUUUAACCCACAGCGCCACCCGCGUCCCGUAACCAAUGGCUUACUGAGAAUAUAAAUCUGCUCCCGGCUUACAGGGUUGCAGCCAAUGAAUGCCAAGGCGCUGUGCCAAUCGACAAGCACGCGGGAGAUUAUUUUUAAUUACAUUAGAAUGUGUUUUGUUACUGUUAUUUGAUAAAGGGAAGAAUCUUCAGCUUGCAGGCUCUUGGGUCAGACAGGUGGAAACUGAAGGAGACCCACUGCGGAUUUCAGCUGGGGCACUGCUUCAGCUCUGUAAGGCAAAAGCGCAGAGCAAGGGCCGGGUGGCUCACGGGCAGAGCAACUGCUUGGCAUGCAGAAGGCACUAGGUACAACCUGCGCAGCAUUUCUAGGGUGGGGUUUGGAUUUGGAUUUGAUACCCCGCUUUAUCACUACCCGAAGGAGUCUCAAAGCGGCUCACAUUCUCCUUUCCCUUCCUCCCCCACAACAAACACUCUGUGAGGUGAGUGGGGCUGAGAGACUUCCAAGAAGUGUGAAUGGCCCAAGGUCACCCAGCAGCUGCAUGUGGAGGAGCAGGGAAGCGAACCCGGUUCCCCAGAUUACGAGUCAACCGCUCUUAACCACUACACCACACUGGCUCUGUGGGAGAGGCUCCUGUCUGAAAGCUUUAGAGAGCUGUUGCCCGAUGCAAAAGAAGGUGGCAAGGCAGCUUGUCUUAUAUACAGAAGAGGGAACGAGGGCAGACACACCUUUUCUCAGCCCUCCGCGGCAAGCAGCCUCUGCUGCUGAAAUUCUGCCUGAAAUUCUGCGAGCCAGUGUGCUGUAGUGGUUAAGAGCGGUAGACUCGUAAUCUGGUGAACCGGGUUCGCUUCCCUGCUCCUCCACAUGCAGCUGCUGGGUGACCUUGGGCCAGUCACACUUCUCUGAAGUCUCUCAGCCCCACUCACCUCACAGUGUGUUUGUUGUCGGGGAGGAAGGGAAAGGAGAAUGAUAGCCGCUUUGAGACUCCUUCGGGUAGUGAUAAAGCGGGGUAUCAAAUCCAAACUCUUCUCCUUCUUCUUUUGUGCCGCUGCUAAAGGCAAAGAACCCAUGCGGAUCGCCAUGAUCACCCCAAAAUGUGACUUGUCCUUGUUUUGUUCUGUGGCUCCAGCUGCCCCCUACAGAGACCUGCCAGGCUCUCUCUCGGCUCCAAUGUCGGCAGCGCAUCAGCUCCAAGCCAUGCAUGCACAGUCAGCAGAGCUCCAGCGCCUGGCCCUGGAACAGCAGCAGUGGCUGCACGCCCACCACCCUCUGCACGGAGUGCCGCUCCCCACCCAGGAGGAUUACUACAGGUGAGUGGCUUUUUGGGUGGGGGCGGGGGGGGCAACAAGUUUGGUUUUGCACUAGCAUGAAGGGACCAGCAGGGAUCCCAAGAGCAGAAUUGUUAAGAAGCUGCCUGCUCCCAGACACAACAGCUUCCAAUCUUCUCCUUAAUACAGUGGUACCUCAGGUUACAUACGCUUCAGGUUACAUACACUUUAGGUUACAGACUCUGCUAACCCGGAAAUAGUGCUUCAGGUUAAGAACUUUGCUUCAGGAUGAGAACAGAAAUCGGGCUCCGGCGGCGUGGCGGCAGCAGGAGGCCCCAUUAGCUAAAGUGGUGCUUCAGGUUAAGAACAGUUUCAGGUUAAGUUUGGACCUCCGGAACGAAUUAAGUACUUAACCUGAGAUACCACUGUAUAGGUUUCCAAAGUGUGUUUCAGUGUUUUGAAAGUCCUUCCUGUUGCCACAGGGCCCUAGUGAUAUUGAGGAUGUUUACAGUGGAAUAAGAAUAAGAAUGAUAUGCCACUUUGGACAGCUUCCAACAAGUACUGGCCUCGGUCCAGUAUAUCUGAAGGAGUGUCUCCACCCCCAUCGUUCUGUCCGGAGACUGAGGUCCAGUGCCAGAGGGCCUUCUGGCGGUUCCCUCACUGCCAAGUUACAGGGAACCAGGCAGAGAGCCUUCUUGGUAGUGGCACCCGCCCUGUGGAACACCCUCCCACCAGAUUUCAAAGAGAACAACAACUACUAGACUUUUAGAAGACAUCUGAAGGCAGCCCUGUUUAGGGAAGCUUUUAAUGUUUGAUGCAUUACUGUAUUUUAAUAUUUUGUUGAAAGCCACCCAGAGUGGCUGGGGAUUAUUAUUAUGAAGCAUAAUAAUAAAUAAUCAAACAUUAAAAACUUCCCUAUACAGGGCUGCCUUCAGAUGUCUUCUAAGAGUCAGGUAGUUGUUUAUUUCUUUGACAUCCGAUGGGAGGGCCAUUCCACAGGGCGGGCACCACUACCAAGAAGGCCCUCUGCUUGGUUCCCUGUAACUUCCCAUCUUGCAGUGAGGGAACCACCAGAAGGCCCUCGGAGCUGGACCUCUGUGCCUGGGCUGGAUGAUGGAGUGGAAACGCUCCUUCAGGUAUGCAGGGCCAAGGCCAUUUAGGGCUUUUAAAUGUCAGCCCCAACACUUUGAAUUGUGCUCGGAAACGUACUGGGACCCAAUGUGGAUCUUUUAGGACUGGUGUUAUAUGGUCCCGGCGGCCACUCCCAGUCAUCAGUCCAGCUGCCGCAUUCUGGACUAGUUUCUGGGUCACCUUCAAAGGUAGCCCCAUGUAGAGUGCACUGCACUAGUCCACGCAGGAGAUAACCACAGCAUGUACCACUCUGGCAAGACAGUGCGUGGGCAGGUAGAGUGUCAGCCGGCGUACCAGAUGGAGCUGGUAGACAGCUGCACUGGACACAGAAGAAGGCUUCUAAUGGAAAGUGACAAGAUUGCCUUGAAAUGAGCAAAAUAAAAGGCGCACGUUUGUGGUGUUUUGUUCACUCUUUCUUCUCUGUUUCUCCCCUCCCCCUUGCUCUUCUCCCCAGUCACCUGAAAAAAGAAAGCGACAAGCCCCUCUAA